GGACGGGUCGAGCCAAAUGGGACCCGCAGUGGGGUCGACCGAGGCUCGAAAGUCCUUCAGGGAGAGGACCCUGAUGGUGGCGGUGAUGAAGAAGAGACAUCGCGCGUAUGCAUUUGAUGACGACGAGCGUGGGAGGCUGGAUGUGGAUAAGAUUCCAAUGAUACGAAUCCACAUCAUUCUACACGAGCCAUGGAAUCUAAGGGGCGCACGGUAUCCAAAUCCGGAUGAGGAGAAGAAGGUGGUGGACUACCUGGACGACAAGAUGCGGACGCACGUGGCUGACUACUCAAGUGGGCCGUAUGCCUCCCCUUGGUUUUGUUUUAUCAAACCAAACAGGACGCUAAGUCCUGAGGACGAAAUUUUUGUUCCUCAAAGCCAAGACGAUGAGUUCGAAGAGGGGGAGAUCAAGGAGGCAUUUCGGGCGGAGGAGUAUGAUGGAAUCUACCGGGAGUUGGGGCUGCUCCUAUCAUGUGAGAUGAGGGAUAAAGACGCAAGUGCCAAAGCGCAGAAGAUGAGGCACCUCUACGUGGUCUGCUUUUCAAAGACAGUCAUGCAGAGGGGCGAGAGGAGCGCGCGGCCACGACAGAGGCCUCUGGGAGCAUCAGGAGGGGAUGACUCACGCAGACCAAUUGGGAAAGAGUCCACGCCUAUCUUCGAUGAUGAUAACAUAGAGCUCUUUCUGGAUGCCUACCAGGCUCAUGCGGCACGGGAGGGGUGGUCCACCUUGGAGAGGAUUGGGCGCUUUGAGGAGCCUAUCACACAUAUUCGGGAGGAGGCUUUGACCUGGCAGGAUGUGGAGGCGAGGAUGUGGAGGCGAGGAUGUGGAGGCGAGGAUGCAGAGGCUGAGGGCUUCCCCGUGGAAUUUCGCCGGAUCACGGGCAGUGACCUACGGGGCCCGUCGCCAACGCUGCCAGAGGAGAGGGAGACUGUACCGUUGAGGAUGCCACUCGAUAGCCUGGAAGCCAACCUCGAUGCGUCCCAGUGGAGGACUUCGCAAUUGGGGGCAGACCCAGGCGAGCCCGCACGAUAUGAGCCAGCAGAAGAGUCGCCUGAGCCGGAGCCGGAAGUUGGGCCGCAUAGGCCAGAGGAGCCGCGGACUGAGGGGGUUAUUACUGUUGGGGACGAUACCCCUCCUCCUACCUCGAUCCCAGAGCAGGUAGCGCGGUACUGGCCUGAGGGAGUUACCGAGCCAGAUAGCGAGGAAGUUCCAGUACCAUCGCUGGAAGUUAUUACGCCGCCUCCGGCGCAAGCAGAGCCAGAGGGGCGAGAGGAGAGCAAAAGGGCGAGGACAUCCACUACUGUGGCACCGCAGCUAGCUGAGCAUGUAGCUGAGCCUCCGGACACCGAGAUGCCGACAUCCGAGGAGCCACCGCCAGAGUUGCCGCACGCAGAGGAGGGGGUGAAUGCAGGAGUUCCACUACGGGAGGCCCACGGGACGCAAGUGGGGAGGUCACCAAGGGAGACUGCGGAGGAAAAGUUUGCAAGAGUGCAGGUGCGUCUCGAGGAGAUAUACGAGGAGAAGGUUAGGUUGGAGGCCGCAGGGGAAGCGUCGAAGCCACCAAUCGACCCCCUGACGAGCGAGCAGAGGAUUGAUGAGACUUGGGCCAGUUAUGAGGGUAAGAGGGAUGCUGCCCGUUUGAGAUCGCAAGAGGCGGGGCAGGAGGACGAGAGAGCGGAUGAGACGCGAGAGACUGGGGACCUGGGAUUUUCAGCCACUAGGAUGGCGAUCGAGCGCACAGACAGGAGAAUACGCGAGGUGGCGAUCACAUCCUUCCAAUGGUACUCCAUGCUCAGUGAUGAGUUGGCGGCCUCGAGGAUGGAGGUAGAGCAGCUGUCUACCCAUCUGGCGGAGGAGAGGGCAGAGAACCAAGCAUGAAGAUCCCGUAUGGAAGCCAAGGAGGCAGAAUGGGAGAAGAGGCUCCAUGACAUGGCAGCGA